AAUGUUUCCUAUAUAUCGAAAGUUCCUUGGGACAAUAAACUUGUCAACGCUUAUUCUGUUUUUGUCUCUUCUCCAGAGUCGAAACCCUAACUUCAUCCCCAAACGAUGGCAACUCGUGAUGCCUCUUUUCUGGACGAUCUUGACGGAUUGUCCGAUAAUGAAAAGAAUCUGCUGCGUUCGGCGCUUAAUUAUGAUGAUCUAGAUAACUUUUUCAAGCUGCGAAAAUCACGUCGCUACAUUGAGACGAUGCAGAAAGUUGAAUAUGCCCUGAUUGAGUCUGACGACAAACAUAAAUCAGGCGGUGUAGAUGAUCCAGAAUACGAUCAGCAGUUGAUAAUAGACUGUAAUAUAUUAUCAGUUGACAUUGAGAAUGAAAUUGUUUUAAUCCACAAUUUCAUACGCGACAAGUAUCAAUUGAAAGUUCCUGAGUUAGAGUCAUUUGUUUAUCACCCAAUUGAUUAUGCCCGGGUUAUUAAAAAAAUUGGCCACGAGAGGGAUCUGACUAGUCUUGCUGCCGACUUGGAAGGACUGCUACCCUCAGCUAUCAUCACGGUUUUCUCUUGCUGGCGACUUGGAAAGGCAAUAGAAGCAUGGGAUAGAGCCCUUGCUCUUCAUUCAGCAAAGGAAAAGCUUGUGCAUUUUGUCACAAGUCGAAUGGGAUAUAUUGCUCCCAAUCUCUCUGCUCUUGUUGGGAAUGCAGUUGCUGCUAAACUUAUGGCAACUGCUGGUGGUCUCUCGUCCCUGUCAAACAUGUGUGUUUCUGAUGUCCUGCUUCUUGGUGCCAAAACGAAGAUUAGUUCUGGACAAUUUUAUGGUGCAGGAGCUUGUAUUGAGCAAAGUGAAAUAAUUCAGACUAAACCUCCACCUCCUGCCUUUAGGUCGCUAGCCUGUAAACUGCUGGCACUCAACUCAAUAGUAGCGGCUAGUGUUGACUCCGCCAGAGGAUAUCCCACUGGAAUAUAUGGAACAUCUAUUAGGGAAGAGCUCCGCAAAAAGUUAGAGAAAUGUCAAGCAGCAGUUGCUGACAAAGUUCAAUUUGCAGAAUGAAUUAGGGGAUACUACUAUAAUGUAGCAUAAACUAUUUGCAAUAAUAUUGGAUUUUCUUUUCUUUACUGGUGUGUCUUGCUAGCAUUAUAUUAUAUUUUGUGUCUCUACGUGCGAGAUUUACUGAUGGAUUUAGCAACUUUUUGAUUCUGCAUGUCAGCAUGAAUUACAGUCUUAUCUUU